AAUCCUCUCCAUGCUCUUCUGGACGGCAAUUUUGACGUUGACGUCAAUACAGCAAUGGCGGAUGCAGUGGAGGAAGUUCUUGAAGGCAGCUGGGAUCAGGAUCUGGCUGAGGCCCUGGACUCUGGAGGCUCUGACCUGGAUCUUGAGAUGGACAUACAGGGGGAGCUGGGGUUGGGGGGAGGUCUGGGUCUGGAUGGGGAAGAGGCCAGCGGGGUUAUUCGAGUCCAGGAACUACCAGCCCAGCAGAGAGCCAAGCUGUGGAAGAUUGCGCUGAAUGUGGCAGGUAAAGGAGACAGUCUGUCCUCGUGGGAUGGAGUCCUGGAUCUUCCAGAACAGACCCUUAUACACACCCGCUGCCAGCAGCUCAUUGACCAGCUGGGGGACGUGGCGGAGGAGGAGGGGCGUGACAUGGUGUCUGACGUAGAGUCUGUCAUCACGUUCUACUGUAAGUCCCGAAACAUCACCUUCACCCCUGACCUCUCCUGGCCACACCUCCUCAAACCGCUGCUGGGCCUGCAGCUGCCCCGCUCCGAUCUCUACAACUGCUUCUACGCCAUCAUGAAUAAAUAUAUACCACGGGACUGUGUAGUGAAGGGCCGUCCGUUCCACUUGUACAGACUGCUGCUUCAGUAUCAUGAACCUGAACUCUGCUCCUUCCUCGACACCAAGAAGAUCACCCCAGACUCCUACACUAUACACUGGCUAGGCAGUCUGUUCUCCAGUCACUGCCUACCAGAGGUGACUCAGGCCAUGUGGGACUUUUACCUCCAACAGGCCGACCCCUUCCUCAUCUUCUUCCUCCUGCUUAUCAUCCUCGUCAACGCCAAAGAUAACAUCCUGCAACAAGAAGGGGACAGUAAAGAAGAAAUCAUCAAGAUGUUGGAGGACUCUCCUGCCCUGUUAGAGGCUGAUGAUAUCGAAGACCUGUUCUCUCUGGCUCAGUAUUACUGGAGCAAGACACCUCUGUCUCUGAGAAAGGAGAACCAGAACUUGUUUGGGUCCAGCCUGGUGGCACUGAAGGAGGAAGACAUGGAUCUGAGUCAGGCUCUCUGUCUCCCUGUGUCUGUCCCUGAGAUCCUGCAAGCCAAUCAGCUGCAGCCUGUGAGUAACAGCACCCAUGAGGAAGGGGUUCGGUUUUUUGUGGUGGACUGUCGACCUGCUGAGCAGUACAACGCUGGACACCUCUCUACUGCCUUCCACCUGGACUCAGACUUGAUGCUGCAGAACCCGUCAGAGUUCAGCCUAUCGGUGAAGUCCCUCCUGGAGGCCCAGAAACAGAGUCUAGAGUCUGGCUCCAUCGCCAGUGGAGAACACCUCUGCUUCAUGGGUUCAGGGAGGGAGGAGGAGGACAUGUACAUGAACAUGGUGCUGGCACACUUCCUACAGAAAAACAAAGAAUACGUCAGUAUCGCAAAAGGUGGUUUUAUGGCCCUGCAGCAGCACCUAACAGACAUCAAUGUGGAGGGACCAGACAACUAUGUCCACUGGAUAGUCAGCACCUCUGGAUCAGCUGAAGGAGAGUUGCUGAGCACCACAGGGGAUAAAGGAGUCAAGUCUCUGGUCAACAAGAUGACCUUUGCCCUCAAGUCCAAGUCUGUCAUAGCGAAGGAGAAGAUGAUAAGCUUUAUGGAGAACACGGCUACACCUGUGGACAGAAUGUCUUUCACUCUCCCCUGGCCAGAGAAGGGGGUCCCUGACCGACAUGUGAGCAGUAGUGACCGGGUUGGAAAACCUUACAGAGGAGUGAAGCCAGUGUUCAGCAUCGGUGAUGAGGAAGAGUAUGAUACAGAUGAGAUUGACAGCUCGUCCAUGUCGGAUGAUGACAGGAAGGAGAUCGUAAACAUCCAGACAUGGAUCAACAAACCAGACGUGAAACACCAUGUUCCCUGUAAUGAGGUCAAGGAAACCGGACACAUGUUCCCCAGUCACCUGUUGAUCACGGCGACCCACAUGUACUGUCUGAGGGAGAUCGCGUCCAGGAAGGGUUUCGCCUACAUCCAGUCCAGACAGGCCCUCAACAGCGUGGUCAAGAUCACCUCCAAGAAAAAACACCCAGAACUCAUCACCUUCAAGUUCGGCAACAGCAACACUGCUGGAAUAGAGAUCUCUGCUGUGGAGAGGUAUCUGAUCCCCAACGCCGGUGACGCCACCAAGGCCAUCAAACAGCAGAUCAUGAAGGUUCUGGACGCCCUGGAGAGUUCCUAGAGACAGACGGGGGUAGAGACGUCUGUCAGCUGAGGGCCGGGAGGGGAGACGUCUGUCAGCUGAGGGCCGGGAGGGGAGACGUCUGUCAGCUGAGGGCCGGGAGGGGAGACGUCUGUCAG